AGACUCCGCACUGUCUCUUGUCUCUCGCAUCACUCGCCUCCUUCUCACCGGUGUCUGACCACAUCCAAGACCGACCCGCCCGUGACAAUGCCUGCUCCCUGCAUGUGCUCUCACAAUUUCAUCCCCUGAUCCUCGCCAUUUGGAUAUCACGCUUUUUUUGCACAGGUCUGAGGUGAAAAUGAGCAAAUAAGCCACGCCCUUCUCUCUCCUUUUUCAACAACCUCAUUUAAAAAGACUGAUUCCAUCUCUGCCCUGUCUCUACACUAUCCGUUUCACUUCCUGUUUCCUGUGCCCCUCCCACCUUACCUUAUUUGGACACGAGCUCCUGCCCAAUGCCCAAAAGCAGUAAGUCGGUGAAGAGAGGCGACUUGGACGAAGACGCCACAGAGUCUGCCCGUGAUCUUCUCUCCAAUGAAGAUGGCACCGACGAAUCCUUUAAGAAGACCGCGCUGAUUGUCAACGGUGAUGGGCCAGUGUGCGGGGCCAAGGACGUGGAGGAGGCGGGAUCAGAUGAGGAGGAGGAGGAGCGUCCAGCCUGGAACAGUAAACUGCAAUAUAUCCUGGCUCAGGUGGGAUUCUCCGUGGGGCUUGGGAAUGUCUGGAGAUUUCCCUAUCUCUGCCAGAAGAACGGAGGAGGAGCGUACCUGGUCCCGUACCUGAUCCUGCUCAUCCUCAUUGGGAUCCCUCUUUUCUUCCUGGAGCUCGCUGUGGGGCAGAGGAUUCGCCGUGGCAGCAUCGGCGUCUGGAACUACAUCAGCCCCAGACUAGGAGGCAUUGGCUUUGCCAGCUGUGUGGUGUGCUUCUUUGUGGCGUUGUACUACAACGUGAUCAUUGGCUGGAGCCUGUUCUACUUCUCUCAGUCGUUCCAGCAGCCUCUGCCCUGGCAUGAGUGUCCUCUGGUCAAGAACAAGACCUACACCUAUGUGGUCCCUGAAUGUGAUAAGAGUUCGGCCACCACAUAUUACUGGUACCGCGAGGCUCUGGACAUCUCCGACAGUAUUUCAGAGAGCGGAGGUCUCAACUGGAAGAUGACCCUGUGUCUGCUGGCUGCAUGGACCAUGGUCUGCCUGGCCAUGAUCAAGGGCAUACAGUCCUCCGGGAAGGUGAUGUACUUCAGCUCCCUGUUCCCGUAUGUGGUCCUGAUCUGUUUCCUGGUCCGGGCUCUUCUUCUCAAAGGAUCUGUGGAUGGGAUCAAGCACAUGUUUACUCCACAGAUAGACAUCAUGGCGGACCCUAAGGUGUGGAGGGAGGCAGCAACUCAGGUUUUCUUCGCUCUGGGAUUGGGAUUCGGAGGUGUCAUUGCGUUUUCUAGCUAUAACAAACGAGACAAUAACUGUCACUUCGAUGCCGUGCUUGUCUCUUUCAUAAACUUCUUCACUUCUGUUCUGGCCACGCUGGUCGUCUUCGCUGUGCUGGGAUUCAAGGCCAACAUCAUGAACGAUAAAUGUGUCGCCAUAAACACAAACCGCGUUGUGUCCCUCCUGGGCACCCGUAUCGAGGCCAGUCUGAUCCCUCAUCACAUAAACCUGUCAGCUCCAGAGACUGUCACUGCAGAGGACUACCACCAAAUAAUCUCUGUUAUCAGAGCUGUGCAGGAGGAUGACUUCAGCAAACUGGGACUGGAGACCUGCAGCAUCGAGAAGGAGCUCAAUCAGACUGUUCAGGGCACAGGUCUGGCCUUUAUUGCCUUCACAGAGGCCAUGACACACUUCCCGGCCUCUCCGUUUUGGUCCGUCAUGUUUUUCCUGAUGCUGGUGAACCUGGGGCUCGGAAGCAUGUUCGGAACCAUUGAGGGAAUUCUCACUCCGCUCAUCGACACCUUCAAAGUCCGGAAGGAGCUGCUCACAGUGGGUUGCUGUGUCCUAGCCUUUUCCAUCGGACUUAUGUUUGUUCAGAGAUCAGGGAACUACUUUGUGGCCAUGUUUGACGACUACUCUGCCACUCUGCCCCUGCUCAUCGUGGUGAUCCUGGAGAAUGUAGCUGUGGCUUGGGUCUAUGGCAUCGACAAGUUUUUUGAGGACCUUCGGGACAUGUUGGGAUUCUCUCCGUUUAGGUUCUACUAUUACAUGUGGAAGUUCAUCACUCCGAUCCUGCUCCUGCUUCUGCUUGGAUCCAGCUUCAUCCAAUUGGUCAUGACUCCUCCCAGCUACAGUGCCUGGAACCAGGAGCAGGCGGCGGAACAGAAGUUGGGUUUUCCCGUGUGGGGCAUCAUAGUGUGCAUCUCUCUGGUCGUCAUGGCGAUCCUUCCCGUUCCUGUGGUGUUCGGACUCCGCUUCUGUAACAUCAUCGACGACAGUCCUGGCGGGUUGUCAUCCGUAUCCUACAAAAAAGGACGGAUGAUCGCGGAGACACCACAGACCGAAGACGCGGAUGACGCUAGCCUCAUCCAUGGCAAAAGUCCCAGCCAGGAGCCGUCCCCCAUGCCCGGAAUCUACCGCAAACACGCCGCUAACGCUAACAAUGCUAACGGAACAGCAGCGCCCCCGGUGGUCGACACAGCUCCCAACGGACGCUACGGCAUCGGUUACCUGAUGGCGGAGAUGCCCGACAUGCCCGAGUCAGACUUGUAGACGUAAAAACGAAAAUAAAUUUAAAAAAAGGCAAAAUUGUGUACAAAUUUCAGCGUUUGUAAAGUGUCUGUAGAUAUCCUGCUUCGUCGACGUGGAACUUAAGGCGUUUUUUAAGUUUAAACUGAGAUAAUGUAAGAAAUGAAAUUAUAAAAUGUCAAAAUGUCUUAAAAACCCAAAAUCACCUCUACAUCUGCGGCUAGCUCCAGUUAGCAAUAAAAAGUUACGGUAGCUUCGGAAAAUGGACCAAUGGACUGUGAGACAUAGUAGUUUUGCUUUAGUCCAUCAAACUGGCACUAAACAUGAUCUGAUUUUUCUUUUACGAGUUUAAUGUCCAAGUCUUAAAGGCAAUGAAGGUGAAAUGGGGGAAACAGGGAUUUGAACCUGCAACUCUCUGGUUAUUAGAUGAUCUCCUGAGCCUCUACCAAAACAUACUUCCAGCUCUAUCUCCAACUAAUGUGAGCACUGAAAAAAGUAGAUCAACUUAUGGAAUGGUCAAAAGAAGCGAGCAAACUUAAAAUAAGUGUACAUUUCAAAUUUGAAAUCAUGAAGCCAAAUGUUUGGCCAAUCAAAAUGUAUUGUUAGUUAAAUGUACUCCAAGAUCUUCCUUCCUUUGUUACAUCAAAAUGACUGAAAAAUGUAUUUAGCAAAGCAAUGCUAGAGUUCAUUUGCUAUACACCACCAGUUAAAAGUUUGGACACACUUCUUAAUUUUUUCUUCUUUAUUUCCAUGAUUAUUUGCACUGUAAAUGCUCACUGAAGGCCUCAGUACUAAGAAUCACACAUAUGUAAUGUAGUAAACAAAACAUAAACAAUAUGAACCUCACAAUACCUCAAAACUUAAAAUGUUUUUAUCCACCCUUUGCUUUGAACCCUGCUUUGCAUUUCUUGACCCUGAUAAGACACAGAAGUGAAAACCAUUUCAGGAGACUUACCCAAGAAGCUCUUUAAGAGAAGGCCAAGGGUUUGCAAUACUGUUGACAAAGCAAAGGGUGGCUGCUUUUUGGAUAUUGAAUAUAAAAUUUAAAAACUAUUUAGUUGAGUUAUUUAACUUUUUUUUUUCUUUGUCCAAACUUUUGACUGGUAGUGUGUAUAUAUUCUUUAGAACCACAUGUUAACUCAAUUGUGAUUUGAUUAUUGCACUAACUUCUUAUAGAAAGAUUGACAAAAUCAAAUUGAAAAUGACAGCAUACAUUUUUGUGUGCACAGAAAGACAAUCUGUUUUGGUGAUACUAAUAUGACACCACAUUGAAACCACAAAAAUAUGCACUUAAAUAGUUUGGCCCCUGGUAAAAUCUAGUAUAAUUUUUGUUUUGAAAUUAAAAAUUUUAAAAGUUUUGAAAAUGAAAGUUAAAUCAUGUUGAUAACCAAUUGGUGUAGAAGAUUCUAUUCAAGCAUAGCGCCCCCGGCAUUUCAAUAAUAGGACACAUUUGGUCAUGUUGUAGAGUUCUAGUUGUACACCAAGAAACCUGUAACAUUAACAUUGCUAUUUAAAAUGUUCUGUUUUUUUUUUAGUUGUAAUUUGAAAUUUCCAAUUGUGUACCAAAGUUUGUCCGAAAACAUUUCUUAUGAGAAUAAUUUACGAUAAAUUGUAAAGUUUAAAGGUCUAGAGGUGACUUUGGGUGGUACUGAGUUCAAGUCCUGCUGAAAAUGGUAUUUUUGUAGCGGCUCCUCUGAUUGGCUGUUACCGUUUGGCUCCUCUGAUUGGCUGUUACGGUUCGGCUCCUGUGAUUGGCCGUGGCGGUACGGCUCCUCUGAUUACAGUUCAUUCUUCUGGUCACAGUGUUGGGAAGUAAAAACCAUGUACCAAAAAUACAUAUUCAGAAUACUUCCACUUUCAUUUAGGUGUUAUUCAAAACACAAUUACUUUCCUAAAAUCAGUUAUUUGAUGCAAGUUAAAUAUACACUAUGUAACUUUUCUAAUGGAGGUUCAGCCAUCUGCUUGUUACCAUGGAGAUGUUAAUGCUUUGCCUGGAAUGUUCUAAAGUUUGUUAUUUAUCUAGCAUGUAUGCAAUUACAAAAUGUUACAUAGUGUAUCUUUAAGCUUCAGAUGGCACAGUAUUAGUGAGGAAAAAAAAGAGACAAACAGCUGUACAUUACAUCUGAAGGAGCGGUGCAAGAAUCACAAAUGUUCAAAUCAUUUCUUAUUGUCACAUAAAGCUUUUCUUACUUUAGUCUUCCUCACAGUGGGAAGAGCAACCACAACUUUUACUCAAAUGUACUCAAGAGUACUGUUACACUGUACAAUAUAUAACUCAAGUUAGAGUACUAUUACACUGUACAAUAUAUUACUCGAGUAAGAGUAAAAGUAUGCAGCGUUCUUAAAAAAUGUUACUGUUGUAAAUGUUACUAAGUACUAUCAACCUUUGUUUUAAACCCAGGUUGCAUUUUUUUACUCUGUAUUCUGAUUGGACAUUGUACAUUUUAAAGCUGGUAUUGAGUAUUCUGUAAUGAAAUACAUUUUGGAGGUAUUCUUCCCAACACUGAUCUGGCCUCAGUGAAGCAGUAUAAACAAGUCUCCUGGACGUUUGAUACUUGAAAAUGUGCACUGCUUUUUUCUUAUUUUAAAGAUUCUAAUGAUAAAAAAAAAAAAAAACACAAAAAAAACAAUAACUCUGAUAUUUCAGUAAACACAAAUCAGCCAUAACAUUAGGAGGACAGACAGCAGCCUAUGGUCAGGCUCUAACCUGGUUUAGUCUUGGUUUAGUCCUUGUUUAAAUCAGGUUUAGUUCUACUAGACUUGUUUUUCUCCUGAGCUAGCUACACAUGUUGUAUUCCUAGUUUUGAGUGAGACCUGGUUUUAGUCCGAGAGUAAACUUGGUUUAGACUUGGUUCAGUCCAGGCUGAGUGAAAUCAGGUUGAGUCCUGGUUUAGACCCUGGUGAAACCUGGUUUAGUUCUGCCAAGGUGUGUUCUUAGUUCUGAUUUAGUCCUGGUGUAAUCCUGUACCUGGUUUCGGACUAUGUAUUAGAAAUAUUAUGUCCGAUUUGUGUACUGUUAAAUAUCUCACAGUAUUUCACAUUUUUCCCAAACAGAAAAAGCAAAUCCUGAUGAAGUCUACUGUUUUCAUGAGCGAUACUUGAAUCUGUAACACAGAGCACCUUUAAUGUGACUUAUGCAGUAAACAGACACACGCACACAUAAACCUGAUGGUUAGCAUGACAUGAAUUUAGUUUCAAUCUUGAUUUGAGUCAUUUUGACACAUGUAACCUUUCACAUAAUUGUUUUUAAUUCUGACCAGUGCUGAAAGAAAAAUUGGUUUAAAAUAAGAGGAGGAAAUCUGUUGAAACAAGUUAAAGCCACAGUAUGCAACUUUUUAGCUGAAAAAAAAAAAAAAAAUAAUAAUAAUAAAAAUAAAUAAUAAUAAUAACAAUAAAAAAUAAAAAAAAUAAUCGGAAUUGCUCAAAUCAAAAUUGUAAAUUCAAGUGUUUAACCCCUUUCACUUCUAUUGUAUCAUUUUGUGUUUCUUCGAAUGUUGUCCAGGUGGUUAACUCUGCAAGCCCCUAUUUGAAACAAUGUGCCUAAGUCAUUCUAAGUGUGUGGGGAAAAUGAAGGUUUAUUUAAAGAUUUCUGUAUGGUUUAGACCUGUUUCAGACCUGGUUUAGAUCUGAUCUGGUUUAGACCCAGUUUAGUCCUGGUUUAAGCCUGGUUUAGUCCUGGUUUAGACCUAGUUUAGUCCUGGUUUAGUCCUGGUUCAGAUCUGGUUCAAACCGGGUUUAGACCAGAUUUAGUCCAGGUUCAGAUCUAGUUUAGACCUGGUUCAGUCCUGGUUUAGAUUUGGUGUAGACCUUAUUUAGCCCUGGUUUAGGACCAAAUCAUUCUAAGUGUGUGGGGAAAAUGAAGGCUGCUUAUUUAAAGUGUUGUGUAAAUGUAACAUAAAAUCACUGGUGUUUUUAAGAUUUGGGGAAAUAAUUUUCAUUUGAAUAGCUUUUCUUGUUUUGUACUAACAUGCUCAAGUCUGUCUGUAAAUUUUUUAUUUUUUUUUUCUUCAAAUGGCUUAAACGCAGUGUCGCCUUUUUCUUUUCUCAAAUUAAAGAUCAAAUUCUGGUCCUCAACAA